CCGUCGACACAAAGUCAUUGCAAGAUGCCCGCAAUUCCAGACAGAGCGCAGACAGAGGACUCGACGAGCUUCAGUCCGGAUGCUUACUUUGAUGCAUGGGGGAAGGGCGCCAUCGAACCGCUGUACAACAAUGACUUUCGCAAGUUCGUCCUGACUACCUUCGGCCUACCUCAUGACGAUACAUACACCUAUGCCGCGGUCGCUGAGGUGACUCUUCUUCAAGCUCAGACCUAUGUCGAGUUUGGAGGCCAGGGUGGACUGCAUGCCUGGUACAGAGACGACGAAGGCAAGCCANGUAAGCCCGCCAUGAGACUCCGCGAAUACCGAAUCAUGAAACCAACAUCACUUCCCAUCCAGCUACCGCCUCCGCCAGCCGUCGAUAUAGCCGCCUAUAUGAACAUCUUCAAGAGCACGACAAACACCCAGAAGGCUCUCGUCGGUCUGGCUUCGAAUGCGAAAAAGGACUCGAUCCGUGCCUCUGUCGGUCAACACUUACAAACUCUAUACCAUCCUCCUUCGUCUGAACAUAAGAUCGUCAUAUCGAAGCUGAAGAAAGAGCACACAAAUCCCUACUUUGAUGUCUGGGCCUGGUCAUGUCAGAAUCUCGAGUGGGCUGGUCCCGAGGAUGCCACGAGCAAGGUCCGCUUCUCGCAUGCCAUCCUGCCAAUUCUAUAUCACCACUUCGGCUGUGUCUGCCCGUCUUACGAGGCGCUCUCCAUCAUCUAUCAGCUGGCCAAGGGUCGUCCCGUCAUCGAUCUGGGCAGUGGAAAUGGAUAUUGGUCCUACAUGCUCAGAGUCUUCAACAAGCAGAAGCCUUUGACUGUUGUCCCAGUUGACAACGGCAUCAGCGAGUGGAGGACUGUCUGGGUGCCCGACACUAUCCAAAUUGAUGGUGUUGAUUACCUCAAGAAGAACAAUGACGGCAAGGACCAGGUUCUGUUGCUGGUCUACCCUCAAGUCGGUCUCGAAUUCACUUCCAAGAUCCUCAAAGCAUACAGUACCCAGAAUUCCAACGGCUACACCGCUUUUGCCAAAGAGACCAUCGCAGACUGGAUCGCCAGAGAAAUGCCCGUGUUUGAGAAGGUCUGCCAGAUUCCCUUGCCCAGCUUUGCGGCCAAGGACGAAGCUCUCUUUGCCUUCCAGAGGAAAGCUUCGUAG